GCAAUGUCUUCACCAGCAAAGAAAGCUGAUCACUUGGCAGUGCUUGUGCAUGGUCUUUGGGGUCACCCCAAACACCUGGACUACCUGCGAGACACACUACAGAAACAAUACCCUACCGAUCGUCUACACGUGCUUGUUGCGACAACGCUCAGUGACAACAAAACAUACGAUGGAGCCGACGUGGGAGGCGAGCGAGUCGCAAACGAGAUUGAAGAGGAGAUUGCCAAGUUGAAGGAGGAUGGCUACGACAUUAUGAAGAUCAGCAUGGUGGGCUACUCGUUCGGAGGAUUGAUUUCGAGAUAUGCGAUCGGUUUGCUGUAUAGCUCAGGCCUCUUCGAGCGAGUGAAGCCCAUCAACUUCACAACAUUCGCGACACCCCAUCUAGGAGUGCGCACACCAAAGCGAGGAUGGCGGUCGACCUUAUUCAACUCGAUGGGACCUCGUACCUUAAGCACGUCUGGACAGCAGAUGUUUCUGGUCGAUUCCUUCAGAGAAACCGGUCGCCCCCUACUCUCCGUCCUCUCCGACCCCAACAGCAUAUUCAUGAAAGGCCUUGACACGUUCAAGAAUAAAUGGCUCUACGCCAACACAAUCAACGACAGGAGUGUGCCCUGGUACACAGCAGCAUGGUCAAGGACGGAUCCUUUCGUCGAACUCGACAAAAUCGAGCUUCACUACCUAGACCCACAACCACCUCCAGGAGAAGUCAUCCUCAAACCAAAUUCAGGCUUCGUAACACCGAAGAGGUCCCCUUACGAAAACAUGACCUUUUUCGAACGCCUCAAAACCAUCCCACACCGAGCCCUGAGCAACCUACCCUUCUACAUCCUCCUCGCAACCCUCAUGCCAAUUUUCCUCCCAGCUUUCCUCCUGAACAGCGGCUACCAGACCUACCAAUCCGCCCAGCGCAUCGCAGCCCACAAUUCCGGAAAAGUCUUCAAACCCGAGAAAUACCGGGUAAAGUUCCUCGAAGACGCAGAAGCCGUGCAAGAUAGGUUAUACGAAAGAUUCACAAAUCGGCAACGAGAAGAAUAUCUACCCACACCACCACCAGAACGUGCAGAAGAGGACAAAUCCAGUGCUGAGCAGUCGCCCGAAAGACCAGAUCUGAGAUUGAGCAGAAGAGAAAGUGCCAGGGAACGAGCUCACGAUUUCAAGAUUUUGGCUUUGACGGAAGAACAGUUUGAUAUGAUUGAGAAUUUGGAUAAACUUGGCUUUGAGAAGUAUCCUGUGCAUAUACAAAAGGUACGGCACACGCAUGCAGCAAUUGUGGUUAGAAUGCAGAAGGACAGUUUUGUUGAAGGCAAGGCUGUGGUUCAGCACUGGGCUGAGAAAUUUGAACUUUAGCGGGCAUAGAAUAGAUGUUCAAUUGCAUUAUCGUGCUUUCUGUCG